AGAAUUAGAACACAUGCGUCCACACUUGCUUCCUGCACAGUUCCACGCGUUGUUCAGAAUCAAAAGGUAGCUCGUUUUAAAGCAAAGUAACAAUGCCUAAAGCCAAAAAGAAAAGGAAAGGAAACACGUUUGACUACAGUAAAGACAGAAAGAAACUUAAAAAGCAGUUUAAGAAAAGGGAAGCCCCGAGAAUAGAGUGUCCUCAGAUCCGAAAUGCCUGGAGUGACAAAAAGUCUGUGGCAAGAAACUUGCGAGACAUGGGUCUGGCAUUUGACCCAAACCGCGCCCUCCCAAUUAAGACACCAGCCAUUGCUGCUGUGGGGAGAACUGAAGAUGCUCCUGCUCCCAAACUUGUAAGGAAGCCAUAUGUACUCAAUGAGCUGGUGGCUGAGGCCAGUCUCCCAGAGAAAGACACAAAGACCUUAUCCACAGACUUGAUUGAGUAUGUGCAGUACAUGGUCAGGGAACACAGCGAGAACUACAAGGCUAUGGCCAGAGAUGAGAAGAACUAUUACCAGGACACUCCCUCGCAGAUCAGGAGGAAAGUGGACCAGUAUAAACGCUGCCAUCCAGAGGAAUACACCACCUUCAUGGAGUCUCUCAGAGGUGGGAAAGCAGUUUCCACAUAACUGGCUGUCUGUGGUGGGAAAAGACUUUCAAUGUGAAGGGGGGGAAGAAACCACUCCUCUUCAGCAAGUAUUCUGUGACUGUGGCAAAGAUGAACAGGAGAUGGGGGUCAAAGUGCACCCAGAAACACAAGCUUUCUUAAUUUAGAAUAGACGUUGAGUUGGGAUUUUAAAGAACUGUAAACAUUUGAGAAAAAGACUAGAUUUAACAUGCAUAAAAUACUCUCUUUUUUUUCAUACUUCUAGUAUGUUUCCCCAAAAUACAGUUACAAAUUAUAUACAGUAAGAACAUUCAAGUCUGCUUUUGUAAUGAUGUCAACAUAUGUUUGUAAGUUUCAUUAAUGCAUUUCCUCUUUGGAUUUUGUUUUGGAAGAUGUAUAAGCAUCGUCAUUUGUCAAGCUUGUACAAAAGGUUGUAACAAUGUCACUGUAAAAAAUAAAAAUAGAAACCUUACAGCAGCAUAUAAAAGUAUUACAACUCAACACAAUAAAAUAAAGAAAUAUGAAGAACAUGCUCUAGGGCGGUUAUUCCCAAACUGGGGUACGCCUAAAAUGCCGACGAGGGUACGCAAAAUAAUGUGAUGGACAUUUUCAAAAAGUCAAUUUAGCUUUUCCGACGGGGCUAUACAUUUGGGUGAUGUUUUUUCCUCGCCUGAGUAGCCUCGUUUCACUGCCUAAAAUAAUACUGUUCAGCGGAAUAACCACACAAUGUCAAAUACGGGUAGCAUAGUCAAUUAACAUCAAUCACAUUAACCGUUGCUCUCACGGGAAUUCUACUAAUGGUCCGUAUGUAGCCAUACGUAGCUGCAGCUCAUUCCUUUUGCUCGAAAAUAGACAUACCACCUCUACAUGACAGGAGAGGUUUUGAAACAAUUACUGCUUUGCAUACAAGCCUGUGAAUUAUAUGCGUUACAGCUGGAUGAGUCAACAGUUGUGGUGGGCCUGGCAUAUGUCCGUUACGUUUAUGGGGGGGGGGGGGGGGGGGCAACAUGAGAGGAUAUUUUUAAAAGUACUGGACUGCUUUGUGACAUCAAAUGGACUGGUCAAGAUGUGUUUAUCUGUACUGAUGGCACAAAAGCCACACUUGCGCGUGCAAGCAGUUGCUCCUGACACCACUUGGGUACACUGCGGCAUCCACCAAGAGGCUCUUGCUGCAAAGGAAAUGCCUGACAGCUUGAAAGACGUUUUGGACACUACAGUGAAAAUUAACUGUGUUAAAGCAAGGCCCCUGGACGCUCGUAUUUUCUGCAUUAUGCAAUGAUAUGGGUCUCGACCAUUAACGCUUUUACGACCAAGCCCACCACAUCAGUUGACUCAUCCAGCUGUAACGCUUAGAAUUCACUGCGCUGGUUAUCAAGGGGCAAAGUAUUAACACGUUUUUUUAAAUUGAGAGAUGAGCUUAAAGUUGUCUUUACUGACCAUUUUCAUUUGUCUGACCGCUUGCAUGAUGACGAGUUUCCCACACGAAUGGCCUAUCUGGGUAAGUUGUUUUCUCGCUUGAAUGAUCUGAAUCUAGGAUUACAGGGACUCUGCAACUAUAUUCAAUGUGCGGCACAAAAUUGAGGCUAUGACUAAGAAGUUGUAGAUCAUCUCUCUUCAUUAACAAGGGCAACACAUGUCUUUCGAUCAUUGUUUGAUUUUAUUUUGUGUGUGCAUGUAACCGGUGCUAUGCUGCACCGCUGUAACUGCGUUGUGUGUGGUUGAUUGUGACAAUAGACGUGGACUUUGGAGAUCAGGUCGUUUUAAUCAAGCAGAACUCACUCUGCAUCUGCAUCCAAAAGGAAAUAAAACAUUCGUAGAGCCA